CUCACCUGCUGCUGCUUGGCACUGUCCCUGCCGAGAGCAGUCAGUCUCAAAGUGGAGUUUGGGGGGUGAGGCACCUGAUGUCUGUGGGGCCCACACACCCUUGGCUCCUCCCACGCUCCACGGGGCAUUAGUGCAGUCCCGCAAUCGUGAAGCGCCCGACCUGACCUGCCCGCCCACUGCCUCGCGCUCCUUCAUUACAUCACAUGCACUAUGGACUGGGCGUCCUUGACUCGCACCUGCCCGUUGCCCAGAUGCCUGGUGCCCUUAUCUGCCCGUGCAGGUGGAACUGCACUGUCAGCCGGCUGGACGCUCGCUCCCUUUAUAAAGACAGCCCACCUAGCAAGUACUGAGCACCAAUCCCGAACUCAUCCUCAUCGCGUAAACACAAUCUCUUGCUUGACUGGUCAAGCUCCUACAUAUCGUACAGACCCCUCUGCUCUGCAGACGCGCACUUGCAUCACCCCGCCAGGCUCCCAUCUAUCUCCAGCGCAACUGCACCGCCGCUGCAAAAAAGAUGCUCACCCGCACCGUCACCCAAGUCCAGAAGCGCCUGGCUUCAACCUCGUCCGUCUUGUCUGCGUCAACCGCCACCGUCGCUCGCGUGACCUCCAAGUCCAGCUCCGCCUCCGCCGGCUCACCGAGCAAGAAUGGCGCCCAGGCCGGCAUGAGGACCAGCAGCGUGGCCAAGACGAGCGAAAACACUGGGCAAAUGGUCACGCCAUACAGUGCAAAGUUCUUUACCGAGAACGGACGCGUUUACAGUCGGGAUCGGUGAGUCUUGUCAGCCUGUAGGGAUACGCUUUCGCGCCCCUUUUCCUUCGCACGUGCACAGCAUCUGGUGGAUCACCCGCUUCUGCCAUGUGGCCACCUCGCUUCGCUUGUCUACCUUUACUGAUUCGGAUGUAACUCCCUGUGCU